GACCAUUUUUACGAAUCCUGAUCAUCUCGGGAAAAAAAAUGAUGGUCUAGAAAUAAGAAACGAAGUUAUACACAGUAAAAAAUGUCCGGAUAAGUUUACCUGCAAAACAAGAAACACAUAGCGCUGUUGAAACGGUCCGAGUUUCCUGAGAUCAUCCGAUCAGGUAUGGUCUGUUGGAUCUCGGAAUAGGAUCCCGACUCUGACUCAUGCUCCAUCCGGGUGCUUGUAUAUAUCAUCAAUCAAGCAGAUCGAUGGAACUACUAGCACAACGAUUGAUUUAAGGCUUUGCAUGCCCUGGGAGGACUAGGAGAGACGAGAAGAAGAGAUCAAGAAUUGCAUCGACGUACGACACGAUUGGGGUGCUCGAUGGCGGCGGACCGGAGCUGCGUGAUCCUAGUGCUGAGCGACUACAGGGACGAGACGUACACGCUGCACCACAUCGACGUGGCCCCCUUCUUCUCCGGCGGCCCGGACGACGAGCUGGACGCCAUGGACGACGACAUCCCGCUGCCUCCCGCCUCCGCGCGCUUCGCCCAGCCACCCACCAGCUCGCAGCACUGCAGCUACGUCGACUUCCACCUCCUCCUCGGCCCCGGCGCCGGCGCCGGGGACGUCAAGGUCGUGUCCACCGACGGCGAGCGCCGCACCGUCAUCUACGACGUGGCCAGCCGCGCCGUCCGCGGCGGGCCCAUGAUGCGCGCCAUCAAGACCGUCCCGGUCUCCGCCGCCGUCGGGGACGGCCUCUACGUGCUCGACACGAUGCCGCUCGCCGGCAGCCACCGCCGCUUCGAGGCCCUCCGCUACGACCGGCUCCGGGAGGACUGGUUCUGGCACGUGCUCCCUCUUCCGCCCUACGCGCGCGACCCCGCCCGCCCCCGCGUCACGGCGCACACGGUGGGCGCCGGCGGCAGGAUCUGGACGAGCGCCGAGAACGGCGCCGGCACAUACUCGUUCGACGCCAGGCGCCGCUCCUGGAGGAAGGAAGGCGGCUGGUCGCUGCCCUUCGUGGGCAAGGCCGAGCAUGUCCACGACGGGGGGCUGACGCUCGGCUUCUCGUCCAUGAACGGCACGCUCUGCGCCGUCGACCUCGCCACCGCCACCGCCGAGAGCCCGCCAGCGGUGCGCGGGGUCUGGGAGGAGUUCAGGCCGCCCGUGGAGUGGUUCCCGAGAAACUCUUCGCUGGUGCACCUCGGGUCCGGCAAGCUCUGCGUCUUCAGGUUCUUCGGCACCGACACUACCGACAGCAGGUCGAGGGACCGGGACCCUGUCGCUGUCAUCACCGCCCUCGAGGUCUGCGACGACGGAGCCGGAGGAGAGAUCAACAUGGUGAGGCACAGGUCCAGGCGUAUCAAGCUUGAAAACCAUAAUACACUUCUAAAAUUGGUUCUCUGAUUAUUAGUAUUAUUAUUUAUUUUCGUUUUGCAAGAAGGGUUCUUUGAUCGGAAAUUGACCAUGUAAGAGCGCUCCAUGACCAACGUUGUUCUUAUAUCCUACUGUACUUACCGGAAGAAAUUAAAGAAAGACAACUAGAUGUAAUGUUUGUUCCUCGCAGGGUAACACACUCGUCGAAACCUUAAUUUGUCGGUGCUCCAACUUGA